AUGCUAGCGGAUGAGGUAUUCUUGGAAACUUGGCAUAUGGAGCCAGUCAGUUCUGAUGAUGCAUGCUGCCCUGGCAUCAAGACACCCAGGAUCCUGACCAAACCAGACCUCGUGGACAGGGGCGCUGAAUCAGGUGUCAUGAAUGUGGUGCAUAACCUCACGUACCCUCUGAAGAAGGGCUACAUGAUCGUCAGGUGCCGAGGUCAGCAGGAGGUCACAGAGAAUCUGAGCCUGUCAGAGGCAACCAGCAAAGAAAGGAUGUUCUUUGAAAAACAUCCAUAUUUCAGAAGUCUCCUGGAGGAAGGAAUAGCCACGGUGCCCCGUCUGGCAGAAAGACUCACUGCUGAGCUCAUUGUGCACAUCAAAAAAUCACUCCCACUGUUAGAAAAGCAAAUAAGGGACAGCCACCAGAGGGUAAUCGAGGCGCUGCGGCGGUGUGGGACCGACAUCCCCAUGGAGGAAGCCAGCAAAUUGUCCUUUCUGAUUGAGAUGAUCAAGGCAUUUAAUCAGGACAUUGAAAAGCUAGUGGAAGGCGAAGAAGCUGUGAAGGAGAAUGAAACUCGCUUGUAUAACACAGUCAGAGAGGAGUUUAAAAACUGGGUCCCCAUACUUGUAGCCAAUAUUGAAAAAGUUAAAAAUUUUAUUCAUGAAGAAGUCGAAAAAUAUGAAAAGCAGUAUCGUGGCAAAGAGCUUCUCGGGUUCAAUAGCUACAAGACGUUUGAGAUCAUCGUGCACGAGUACAUCCAGCAGCUGGUGGACCCUGCUCUCAGCAUGCUCCACAAAGUUGUUGAAAUUGUCCGGCAAGCUUUCAGCGACACUGCCCAAAAAAAUUUUGGUGAAUUUUUCAACCUUAAUCAAGAAGUCCAGAAAAAGAUCGAAGACUUCAAAGUGAUAUAUGCAGAAAAGGCACAAGACAUCAUCCACCUUCAGUUCAAAAUGGAACAGAUGGUUUUUUGUCAAGAUAACAUUUACAGCGUUGUUCUGAAGAAUGUCCGAGAAGAGGUUUUUAACCCACUGAGGAAUCUUUCAGAGAAUAGUCCAUUAAACUCCCCUGCCUCAAACAACCAGUCUUCAUUAUCCUCCAUUACUGAAAUAAGUGUCCACCUGAAUGCAUAUUUUGUGGAAACCUGCAAACGUCUCGCAAAUCAGAUCCCAUUCAUAAUUCAGUAUUUUAUGCUCCGAGAGAAUGGCAACUGUUUGCAAAAAGACAUGAUGCAUAUAUUACAGGAAAGAGAUCGCUAUUCCUGGUUGCUUCAAGAACAAAGUGAGACUGCCACCAAGAGAAAAUUCCUUAAGGACAAGAUUUCCAGGCUCACUAAGGCACGGCAUGCACUCCAUACAUUCUCCUUGGAAGGAUCUAUUGUGGGGUGA